UGUGCUGAGCUGAUGUUAUCACAAAUUGGACAUAAGCUUUUAGUUCCUAUCACAACCUUGAAGUCGGUUUAAUGGACAAAAUUUUACGAAGUGGAAAAGAGUGAACCUUUUGCCCUUUAAGUUUCACUAUGGCGAAUUUCGCACUUAACAACUCUAGAAUGGCAGAUAACUUUACUUCUGAUGGAGGUUGCUUCGAUCGCAAUAGCACGGCCACACGAGUGACAAGAGUCGCUGUAUACUGUGUGAUAAUUUUGGUAUCAGCUCUGGGUAACACUAUGACAAUUAUGGUUGUGCGGCGCAACAAGACAAUGAGAAAAUCUUUCCACUGCUUCAUUGUGAACCUAGCUGCUACAGAUUUGAUUAUCACUUUGGUUUACAUGCCACGGGUCAUUGUUAUGUGGCUACGAGGAAGUGGAUGUAAUCUUGAGACGUUCCAAAGCGCCCGGUGACAAAGAAAUAGCUAAGCUUGUGAAGAAAAGUCGAGACAAGGCCAGCAGAAAGGUAAUACACAUGCUACUGACGGUCACCGCCGC